CAAACAGACGAGGCUGUCUUCGAGGACGACAGCCAUAGCUGCCCAAAAUGCAAGUCAACAAAUGCUCGUCUCGCUGGGAUUGAUGAGACGCUUGAAAGACCACUAAAGUUAACAGAUGAAGUUGAAACCUACAAGAGCGGAGUUAAAUCCCUCGAAGAUGAACAGAAAAGCAAGCAAGAAAGUCUCCAAAGUUCUCAAACUGAGAUAAAAGAAGUGUAAGGUUUACAAGAUAACAUCGCUGAACAACAGAAGACCACUGAAGCUUCACUUCAAUGCAUCCAAUGUGAACUCGCCGAAUUGCAGCGCCGUCAUAUUAAAUUAGAGUGUCACAGCCGCAGAGGUAAUUUGAAAUUCUAUGGAAUAAAAGAACGCGAGCAUGAAUAGACACAGAAGAUUAUAUUGAGGAAAUUUUUACGUACCGACUUAAAGGUCCCUAAAGAGGACAAGGAAAGUAUUCAGUUCGAUAGAGUGCACAGGGUCUCAGGUCGUCGAGUAUCGUCUGGCACUCCGAAUUCCAAGCCACGACCGAUUAUUGUCAAGCUUUCCAGCUUCCAUGACAAAGAGUUUAUUAAAUCUUUCAUCAAAAACCUUACGAAAGGCCGCAAUCUUGGAAUUUCCGACGACUUUCCAAAGGAGGUAGAAGAAAUGAGGAAAAAGCUGUACCCAGUACUAAAAGCCGCCAACCAAGAAAAGCGUACUGCAUUUUUCAAGGUAGAAAGGCUAAUUAUAGAUGGAUCGCUUUACCGCGGCCCAGAGACAAUUGCAUUCCCUCACUACGGACAUUUAAUGGAUGUAUAAAUUAGCUCAGAACUUUUAUGUUUUUAUUCACGGCCAUAUUUUAGGGGCCAGUAGUGUGCUUUACAAACAAAAUUAGCUUGAUGCGCAGUCAGUCAACGCUGCUCAAAUUCAGAGGUAAGUCAUGGAGUUUUUGUGCGUACGUUUCGUGUUUUUGUUUUUGUUCUUGUUUCAUCUUAAUUUUUGCGCAGCCAAUUUUGUUUCCCUUCCCUAAAGAGGAAAGCGAUCCAGGCCAUAUAAAUAUAUACUUUUGUCUAUGGAUUGUGCCACACGGGCAAGGAAAACUACUUCAUUUUAUAAUUGAGCGAUAAUUAUGUCACAUAAGCUUUUGACACUAAACGUAAGAGGGCUAAACAGUUCUAGAAGAAGAAGACAGGUUUUUCGAUGGUUGCACCUGAAACGAUCGGACAUUAUUUUCCUCCAAGAAACUUACGGGUAUUCUUCAAUGGAAACUAUAAAACGAUAGGAAGCCGAGUGGAGUGGGGAAGUUGUAGCUAGCCACGGUACAACUCACAGUAAAGGAGUAAUGGUCCUGUUUAAACCAAAUCUCAAUGUCACUAUUAACAAAACCUUAGCCGAUAAAAAUGAAAGAUACAUCCUCGCAGAAAAAUCAAUUGAUGAAACAAACAUAUAG